CAGCUUCUAACAAUCCGCAGGUUCGUUGCAAUUUAAAGGCAGUAUCUAGCCUGUGACAGGCGCCGCGACACGGGGGUAAAACGAAACCUACCGAGGCGAGCGACAGAUCUGAAGGCGAUACCCAGUAUCUUGCUUGUGGUAUUAUUUUAUUCAUUCUCUUUCAUUUGACAUUCUGCUUCUUCGAAAAGUGGGGGGAAAUGACACGUGACUUCAAGCCUGGGGACCUGAUCUUUGCCAAAAUGAAAGGUUACCCUCAUUGGCCUGCUAGGGUGGAUGAGCUUCCUGAUGGUGCUGUGAAGCCUCCUACAAAUAAAAUGCCCAUUUUCUUUUUCGGCACUCAUGAAACUGCAUUCCUGGGACCAAAGGACAUAUUUCCUUAUGAAGAAAAUAAGGAGAAGUAUGCCAAGCCCAAUAAGCGUAAGGGGUUUAAUGAAGGAUUAUGGGAAAUUGAUAACAACCCUAAAGUUAAGUUCUCAAGUCCACAGAAUAUUUUGGCAAUCACCAGCGCUGCUGAAAGAGAGGCAGAAGAAGCACAAGAAAGUCUAGAAGAAAAUGACGAGAAAGUGUCAAACAAGAAAAGGAAAAUUAGCACAACUAAGGUUUCUACCAAACAUUCGGACACCUCUUCCAGUGGGCUCGGCUCACCUGAAAAAGAUCUGAAUACAUCUAAAGAUGACAGUUUUUCUGAGCAACCUGCCAAUGAAGAUUCUAGUCUGCUGAAAGAGUCUCCUGUAGUAAAGAAAAGAGGUCGAAAAAGAAAGGUGGAUACUUUGACAGAGACUGAUCAAGAUGCAGUCGCUACAUCAGUCAGUCCACCAAAGCAAAGUCCCAAAAGAGGCAGACCAGCUGGUAUGAGAACCUUCACUGAAGCUAAGGUUCCAAAACCAAGAGGAAGGCCAAGGUUAAUUAAGUCACCUCCAUCACCAGAUCAUGCUGUCAUAAGUGAGGAUGAUCAAAUCAAGAAAAAAGGGACUGAACAUAAACCACAAAAGCAGCAACUCCAGAAAAAAGAUGAUGGAGAUAAAGAGGAUGAUGGAAGAAAAGAGCCAGACCAAAAGGAAACGGAAACCAAAAAGAAAUUGUCUGCCAAAGUUGAUUCCCCAUCUCCUUCUGAUUCAGAUUCUGAGGACCAGGAUGAAGGAAAGAAAUGCAGAGGUGGCAAACCUCCACACUCCACACAGAAGCGUAACCUAAAGACUCCACAAGAAAAAGAAAUUGUGGAUAAAAGGCGUAAACCUGAGGACUCUUCUGAGAGUAGAGAAGAUUCAAAGAAACCAGAAGUUAAGAAACUUGAGAAAAAAAAAGAAACUUCUACAGAUGCCAGACUUCAGAGGAUACAUGCUGAAAUAAAAAAAUCUUUAAAAAUUGACCAUCUGGAUAUAAAUAGAUGCAUUAAUGCUUUGGAUGAGCUGGCCUCUCUCCAAGUCACCAUGCAACAAGCUCAGAAACACACAGAUAUGAUCACUACCUUAAAAAAAAUUCGAAGGUUCAAAGCUAGCCAGGUGGUUAUGGAGAAGUCAACCAUGCUGUACAACCGAUUCAAGAACAUGUUCCUGGUAGGGGAAGGAGACUCUGUUAUAACUCAGGUCUUAAACAAAUCUCUUGUGGAACAGAAGCAGCAUGAGGAAGCCAACAAAGCCAAGGAAUCUGGAAAGAGAGGUCCUUCAAAGAAGAAUGAAAAGGAGCAAAGUACAGCAGAGACAAAGGCUGUAAAUGGUGGCCGAGAAUCCCAAGAUCAAGUACAACAAAAUGGGGACAGCAGUGAGGAGAGUGAAGGCAAAGAAGAUAACACUACAAAGCGUAGCUUGAGUGGAUCUAAAGGAAACGAGACCAACAAACACAGCAGUGAUGACUCUGCCUCUGACAACUAACAAAGAAAGAGAUGAGAAUAGACCAAUGCGGCUGUUUGACAGUGGGCUCCUUUUAGACUGAUAGUUUUAAAUAUUUUUAUACUGGUGUUUUGGUAUUCAACAUAAAACUAACAGGUAAAAAAAAAAUCCUUAGAAUAGUACAUUAUCUUGUGAAAGCCAUUCAGCAGUAUUUAAUCCCAUUGUUCAUAUUUUUAUUUUUUUAUAUAUAUAUUUUUUUUUUUUUUAUCUGGAGGUACAUUUUAAUGUGGUUUCUUUUUUUGUAAAGCCUUGAUAGUGUUUUGGUUGUGUUCAAAUGGUCUUCAGUAUUUUAUUUCCAGGGGAUAUCAGAUCUGUUUGAAUUGCAAGCAUUGCUAUACAUCCGUCUGUUAUAUCUGCAAUGUGGCUGCUAAUGGGCACAUCUUAAACUCAAUUGAUAUCACAUCUGUUGAUUCUUUUGAGAAGGAGUUUUGCUGCAGAUUACAAGUAAAUGGAUAGCCCAUGAGGAGUGAAUUUUGUCUCCUAGAAGACUAAAGCACAUAGUACAUCUAAUGUAUAUAGUUCUCAUUUGAAAAAUAAUGUAUACGUAUUAUACCUAUUUAAGAAUUACCUUAAAAUGGUUAAUCCACAAAUAAUGACUAUAUUAUUGUGAGUAAAGUAUUUACCACUAGGUGGAGCACCCAGCUGUAUUUAAGAAAACAAGCCAAAUGGUCUUGGUAAAUGUGCCAUUCCAGUAUCUUAUUUUCCUUUCAAAGAAGGAAGUAAAAUGGUUAAUUUUAGUAUACCAGUUUGAAUGUUGAAUGUUGUGUAUUUUAUUCGAUUUCCACACAUACAAAGUGAAUAGAGUUUGAAAAGGGAAACUAUUUUUUGCUGGCUUUUUGCAUGAAAGCUAGUUCAUGGUUCAUUUCCUGAAAGAAUGUUCACCAGUAUAUCAAAGUGUAAGUUUACAAAAUAAUGGGAGAAAGUAUUUCAAAAGGUUGAUGUUGCUUUAUUUUGACCCUCAAAAAGCUUUUUUAUAGCUUCAGUGUUUCCAAGUUAUUGUUGGGCAAUACUAGCAGGGUAGUAUAUAACAGAGACUUAACAAAGGAAUAAUAAAUACAGAUGGGGGAAAAGGUCUGGAGGCUUUCAAAAUUUGCUAUCUGGCCUCAAAUUUAAACUUCCUGGGGCGUAGAAUAACCCUGCUUACUUCUUUAACGUGAUUUUGUUUGGAGUCUGCUACAAUGCUCAAAAUAUUUGGCUCUUUUCUUCAUGUUGUUCUUGUGCAGAAAAUUAAGAAAGCGUAUAUUUUUUUAUAUAGCAGUGAAAAUAGUUGUGAACCUCAUCUGCUCUUUUGUCUUCUUUUAAUAGACGUUGUUUGUCUUGUGUAAAAUUAGCUUGAUCUGUAAAUAUAUUUCUGUGAAGAACCGAUUUUGUUGUGCUUUUGUAUUGGAGGCUCAAAUAAAGCUGUUCUGUGA